UCAAAUUUUUCUUUUCCAUAUAGUUAAAAAUGACAGAAAACGCAGCUUAUGACAAUACCCAUGACGAACCAAAUUAUGGGCAAAUGGAAGACAUUCCUUUACCGGUAUUUUCUGAAAUUAAUUAUAUCAAUAAACGGGAACAACGAAAUGAAACAGGAUUUAACUAUCACAAUGAAAUAACGUCAAGCCAUGUCGUAACAUCUCAGCCUCUUCGUUACAAUGGAGAUUCAGUGGUUACGAAUAUUAGAAGACCAAUACCGAUUUCUGUAAUAAGCGCUGCGUCGUCUCAGUCCUAUAUUCUACCCGCAAACGGUUUAGAUUUUAUGAGAAAUGCAAACCAGUUGAUUAUACAACAAAGCGUGGAACUCACAGAUCUAAUGGCAAAUGUUUCAUCAGAAAAUCGCUACACAGUUAAAAUUCCAGGGGGUGAGAAUUCGGAAGCGAUUUAUUAUGCCACUGAAAGCUCAGCUUCGUUUCAAAGAACUUUUUGCGGUUCCGGUAGGGCAUUUAAUAUGAGAUUAUAUGACAAAACCCAACAAGAAGCCGUAUCUUUUCAGAGAAGGUUGGCUUGUGGGACUUGUACGUUUUGGUGUUACCUACAGAGGAUGGAAGUAUGGGUGCCCCCAGGUGAAAAAGUUGGCACAAUAUCCCAGAAUAUACAGUUUCUUAAAACUAGUUUUGAAGUUUGUAACAGACAUGGCGAAGUUUUAUAUAGAAUAGAAGGUCCGAAUUCGUUUGGAUGUCUACUUGGAAAGACGCAGAUCUUUCAGAUUUAUACCUCUGAUGGUUUAACGCAAAUUGGAAGUAUUAUUCAUCAGUGGGACCGUCUAUCCGUCUCCUACAACUUAUUAUUGCAGAUGCCCAGUUCUAUUACCGAUAAUCGCCACAAGGCUUUAUUACUCGGGUCCGCAUUUUUAUUGGAGUACAUGUUUUUUGAAAGCGCCAAGAAGAAGACGUUUUUGAGAUGUAUAUGUUAGGAAGUCCGUCGCAUUUAAGUACUCUGUUUUGAUAUAAAUAGCAUUUUUUAUGUUUAUGAUUAUACUUAUUGUAAUUUUUUUAUAUAAGAUUUAUUCAAACGAAAUAAAAAACUGUUUUCAAAUAAUGGG